CCAAGCUGUCGUUAUCCGCCUCUCUAUUCAUGAGCAUGCUUGUGCUCGUUCAGUCGGCGCGGGCGGCUGCCGCUAGCGCCGUCGUCUUCCACUGGUGGUCCGUCGUCGUCUCCGCCCUCCUGUUUCUCAACGUCGUGAUCAUGCCGCUCAAGGCGUACAUCUCGGAGCCGUUUCCAUGGACAUUGACACUGCAAGAGAGCACGAGUGGCUGCACCAGCAACUUCACGGCGUGCGAGGCAUCGCUUUUGUCUGUUUUCCGCGCUCGCAGCCGCAGCAUGCCCAAAGGUACAAACUACGUCUUUGGUAGCACGUUCGAUUUGGUGCGAGUGCCGCUGACGAUCGGCACCCAAUCCAACGAUGGCGCAUCGUUUUUGCUUCAGACCAUGUAUGGUCAGUUUUACUCGACGCGCGUGCGUCGCGAAAUCCUCGAAGUCGGCGCCCAUCGCCGCAACGCCUCGGACUUUCACGCGCUACAGAUCUCGCGCAUGGCGGGCGUUGUCGCUGCCUACACCGUCUUCUGGACCGACGUAAGCAGCGCGGAGAACGCAUCUCAGAUACAUCUGUACGUUGGCUUGCAUUUACCCUCGUACUCCGCAGCGUGGCACUGGUGCAAGUUUAUCGGGCGCUGUUGCAUGGCUGGUGUUCUCGCGCGGCUCAUGUGGCGACGCUACUACCAACACUUUGUGCACUUGGCAAAGAGUUUGCGUCGGGUGGGCCUUCCCAACACAGCGCCCAAGCAGCGCUAUUACGUGCUUGUAGGUGACCCAACGAGCCUUGUGCUCUUGGAGCCGAGUCUAUGUUGCUUGUUCAUUUGCGAUUUUUUUGCCAGUUCCGACUUUGCUUCCCGCGCCCUCGUGCGCAUUUGCCAGACGCACGACUGGGUAGCGUUCCUCACGGCGAGCUUGUACCUCUCGCGGACAGUCUGGUGUGGGUAUGCGUCGAUGGCUGUCGUCUCCAAGGUGCUUCAAAAAUAUCCGUCGAUCGCCUUCAAGCCCGUGGACCCGGGUAUCUUAGCUGUCGCGGUCUUUAUUGCUGCGGGCCUCUGGCUCAUUAUCAUCAUUUACGCUACGAUGGGCUCGUGCCUGCUCUCGGAACGCGGUCAAGAGGAGGGUACCGAGGGGCUGCUUGGCGCCGUCUUUUUCGUCGCUGUCUUUGCAUCGUUCCCGCUUCUCUAUGGAUUUGGUAUGCCUCUCUUGUGCCGCUACUGGCGCCGCGUGCAAGUGGCUCCGGGACCCCGCGUUGCGGUCACGACCAUGAGCUCGCACCUCGGUGGUGCCUACGACACGAACGACGCCAAGCACCGGUGGCUCCUUCGCGUAAAUCUUCUCGUGUUUCGCGCCUUGAUCAAGACGUCGGGGAUUCAAUCGACGGGUGGUAGUCUAAACGCGCUCUUCGCCACCGACGCUUGCUACAAGCGGUACCGGGGUAUUAGUCAAACGGGGGCCGACGCCUACAUCCUCUAUGCAGCGACGUCGGCGGAUGCUAGCAACGGGCGCUGGACGAGCGUUCGACUUGGCCUCCUAAGCUGCGCGCACACGCUGCCAAUGAUGUGCGACGCCACCAAGAUGCCACCCGCGUGCGCCGUUGGCUGGCUCGAGCUCCACCCGUCGCUACAACUGAAUCGCGGCGUCGAUUCGUCGCCAUGGACGAUGUAAUAGUCCGAGUGUUAUGUUCUAUUGAAUCCGAGAGAAAGGAUUACGAGCAAAAACAAUAUAUGCAGAGCAAUGAUGCUGAUGGUACAACAACUGCAACGUUCCAGUCAUCCAAC